UCAACUACCGAGUAGUUAUCCGAACGUGGAAGAAGUCGAGGGAGAACGGUUCGGAUGAAUUUACAGCUUUAUCCCCGCGUGGUGAGCGUUUUGUUCGGCCGACAAAGGGGCCUAGAAUUGUAAUUUCAGCUUGGUUUCAGAAAACUAGCAGUCAAAGAGACGCAGAGACAGUUAGUUGCCCGGUGUCCAACAAAGCCAAAUGCACACUCUCAUGGUCUCGUUUUGAGGGAAAAAAGAGGGGAAAAAAUUAUUCAAGAAUGAUGCCCAUUGCCCAGAUCACUUUUCUGUUCAAACCCUUUUUUCUAAACUUUUUUGGGAUUCUUAUAUUCUUUUGAUCUCCUCUUUCUUUUUUUUUUUUCAUUUAAAAGGUUUUCUCGACUCUCGAGCAACUCCGCUACAGAUAAACAAUAACAAAAUAAAGAUAGAAUCGUUUGGAAUUCCUUGUUUUCUUCUUCUCCAGCUGCCUUUCUCUUCUCUCUUUGCUUUAAGAAAGCCAGAAACCAGAACCACAUAACCAGAGGUUUUGGUAAUGCAGAGGGCCCGGAAGCUAUAAAAUGAGUUUGCAAAUCCAGUUUCAUGGAAAUCAACCAAUGGAAGAGAUUAUUAGUUAUUGCAAGUCUGGAUUGAUGGAAUUGUCAGAGCCAACAAAACCAGAAUCAACUUCCUGAAGGGCUCUAGUACUUUUUUAUAUCAAGUUCCUCCUCCCCUAUAAUUUCUCAAUCUAAUAUGACAAUGCGUGGAUCCAGAGUGGUUGCUAACUGGUUUUCUUAAACACAUUGGUUUAGUUGCAUUCCUUGACUGAAAAAAACUCUUGAAGACUGAUCUGUCAUGUCUGCUGAAAUGGAAGUUAAAGAUUCAGAGAGGGUGGUGAUAGCUAAACCUGUUGCUUCAAGACCUUGUUCCAGUUUCAGGUCCUUUUCAGAGCUUCUUACCAGUGCAAUUAAUGCGUCACCUUCUGGUGCAUAUCCUGAAACAGUAGUUGCUGCCAUUAGGCCCAAGACAGUGAGAUUCAAGCCAGUGGCAAAUCGUGCUCCAAUUGGGAUGGUUCCACCCCAGGGUGAGAUAUCUGGAACAGCGGUUUGUUCAUCUGAAAAGGUUUCAAAACCGGAGAGUAAAUCUACUGUGGUAUACAAACCUUUGGCAAAGUUUGUUUCAAGGACAACUGCUUCUCUCUUGGCAAACCUGGGAAACUUCUAUGUCAGUCACCAACAAACCCCAUCAGAGAUCCAGGCCCAGACUCAGCAUGGAGAGAAAGCAAAUCACCCUUCAGAAAAUCAUCUUACUUCAAAUCCUUACCUGAAAUUGCCAUCACAGUUGGAAAGAGAGAUAGUUGAGCCCUCAAAGAUGGUUUCGCAGAACCCAGAAGAGAAUCAGAGAGCUCUGCCUGCAACAACUAGUGGGGAUCGUCCUUCUUAUGACGGCUAUAAUUGGAGAAAGUAUGGGCAAAAGCAAGUGAAGGGUAGUGAGUACCCAAGAAGUUACUAUAAGUGUACACACCCAAACUGCCCUGUGAAAAAGAAGGUUGAAAGAUCAUUUGAUGGACAGAUUGCAGAAAUUGUAUACAAAGGUGAACACAAUCAUCCAAAGCCUCAGCCUCCAAAACGGCAAUCAUCAGGGGGGCAAGGGCAAGAAUUUGUUUCUGAUGGGACUGGUCAUGACACCAGCUAUCAUUUAUGGAGUAACACCCAUAAUGAAAGGACGGAAGGAUCUGAAGGUAGAACAGAGAACCAGAAUGAAGUAGGAUUGUCAGUGCAUUCUACUUGUCUAGGAAAAGUUGUGACCGCUAAUAAUCCACUUAGUAGUGGUGUUGGGACUCCUGAUAAUUCUUAUGGCCUUAGUGGGGACUGUGAGGAAGGAAGCAGGGGAAUGGAUGCAGAGGACAAUGAACCUAGGUGUAAGCGACGGAAGAAUGAUUCUCAAGCCAACGAAAUAGGUAUACCAGGUGAAAAGGUAAGAGACCCCAAUGUUGGGGUGCAGAGUUCCACAGAUUCUGAGAUCCUAGGUGAUGGCUUUCGCUGGCGAAAAUAUGGCCAGAAGGUUGUGAAGGGAAAUCCAUAUCCUAGAAGUUACUAUAGAUGCACCAGUCCCAAGUGCAAUGUGCGCAAGUAUGUUGAAAGGGCAUUGGAUGAUCCAAAAUCUUUUAUCACAACAUACGAGGGAAAACAUAACCACGAGAUGCCCAUUGCCAGGAACCUGAAUCCAGUGGCUUCUGAACCAGAUAUGUUGCCUCCUAACAGAAGGCCAUGACUUAUACAGAUGAUGGCUAUAAUUUAGCUAUCAGUAAUCCGACAUGAAAAACCAUGUCAGGAAGCAUUUGAAGGCAUCAGAAAUCUACAAUUGUCCAUCCAUCAUCUUUCUUACAGAUGCAGAAUACAUGUUACUAUCCGGAUGACCAUCGUGCUUGCUGUUUAGUUCGAUAUCAUAAUCUUUUUACUGUUUUAUAUUUAAUUUUUCUCCUUAUAUGAAGAUGGUUUUAUUAGAAUUAUAGAUUCAUCAAAUAGAUGAAGUAUUUUUGCUGCUUCUCUAGUUUUUGGGCACCUGACUAUUUAUCUGAUGCAAGGAUUUAUUGUUUACUGUGAUAUACCGUCCUUGGAGCACUUUAAUAUACAGGUUUCUGGUUUGUAUUCUGCAUUUCUAA